AACGGUACAAAAUAAAUUUGUAGAUCCGGCGCAGAUUUUAUAUGAAUUACGUUAAUUAGCAUAUUUUGAUGUCGAUUUUGUCCCACAAGGUCACGUUUAAAUGUAACGAUGACUCACCAAUCAAUAACAUUAAACGUGAAUAAGCCACAAAAAAAAAUUUUUUUAUCGUUCGAUAUAAAAUUUAACAAGUUUACCUUGGAGGAAGUCACCAUUCCACCUUAUAUUUUAGUUAAGAUAAGAUUUUUUAUACACGAAUUUUGCAAAUUUUACGAGGUUUUUUUAACACUAUUGNGCAAAUUUUACGAGAUUUUUUUUACACUAUUGAAAAAUAUAUAUUAUUUUCUUUACCAAAUUAACAAAAUAACAAAAAAAAAAUAUAUUUUUUUAUUUUUCUUUUUUAGUUUUUUUUUUUGGCACACCUUGAUCCUACCGGCUUUGGAAAACACACCCAGAAAUCCAUUAAUACACAUUUUGGUCGAGUAUCCCUGUAAUAUGAUGUAUGACGGACACCGUAAAUUCUAGUGUCAUUGUGAGGUAUAAAUUAACUUAUUUGGUAAGUAAAAAAAGGAAGUGUGACGUGGGUGACUUUUUAAGAUCAGAUGGGUGGGGAAAUAAGAUAACCAAUAUUCAUAUUGUGUUUGUAAAAUUUAAUUUAAACUAAUUGUUGCUAAA